AUAAAUUAUACGUAAAUGGCCCAAUAUUACAAUAAAUAAUAGAAACAAUUAAACAAACAUAUCAAUAGUCCAAAAAUAAAAUUUAUACAGAACAAAACAUAAUAAAAGUUUUACAAUGUUACGUGGUCGCAAGGAGAUGACGGUCGUAAAAUUGAAAAAACCGCGAGCAUUCCAAUACAGCGACGAAACGUAGAUUUUUCAUGAGCCCUCAUAUAAUCGAACUCCAAGUGGACAGCGGCGAGCACGACCAGAGAAGAGAAGAAUGAAGACUAUGAUUUGUGUUAUCUUUGGUGCUCUGGUUUGCUUGGCCAUGUUCACUGACGUGUCCUCCUUACCAGCUUACACACUGAACGACAAAAUGCUAGAUAAGCUAUUGAAAGAAAUUGAGAGAAUGGCCGGAGAUUUGGACUAUCAGUGGGAUUCUGAUGACAUAGAAACAAGCUGGUUCUAUUCUAAGAAAAUAAUUAGGGACGCAGCAGCAUUGGUUUGUGGCAUAAAAAGAAUUGGAGGCCGAUACAAGAGAACAGCAUGGUAG